UCCUGUUUCACUACAAGCUGAAGCCUCUACACCAUCCUUGAAGACAUCUUACAUGUGGCAUUUUCUCAGACAUGAAGUCUGUGGUGGAAAACAUGCUGUGGGUAUGGAUCAUCUUGCUUUCUGCAGGGUCUUCGGUCCCACUGCCAGACAUCACUGAUGGGAAAUUCAUUGAAGAAUGUGUGAGGGCGCACAACAGUGCACGAUCAUCUGUGCAGCCACCUGCCCACAUCAUGCUCUACAUGACUUGGGAUGAGGGUUUGGCCAUUACUGCGAGAGCGUGGGCACGGCAGUGCAUAUAUAAACACAACGUACGCCGCACGCACCCCACCUUCCCCUCAGUGGGCGAGAACAUAUGGGCAGGUUACCCUGUUUCAAUGUUUAACACGACAAACGCUAUAGACCUGUGGGUGGACGAAAAAAAGCACUAUGACUUAAACAGCAACACCUGCAGUGAUGUCUGUGGCCACUACACCCAGGUUGUGUGGGCGCAAACCUACAAGGUAGGAUGCGCCGUCCAGCUCUGCACGAGUGGCAUCCAAGGAACUUCCUUUUUUCCUAACAAAGGUGCUAUUUUUGUGUGCAACUAUGCCCCAGCAGGCAACGUGAAUAGGAGACAACCGUAUGAAGCUUCAAUCACUCCAUGCUCCGGGUGCAAAGACAACUGCGAGGACAAUCUCUGCCUCUGGCCUUCUGUGAAACCGACCCCCCCGAUUUGGAUCCCUGAGUGGGACUCGGCCCUGAAAAAGUGCGGCUCUCAAUGUGUGGCGGUACUGACUGUUCGGCCCGUGGCCCUGAUCUGCACCUUCGUCUUGGCAUACGUGGUCCACCGGUUUUACCCAAACACCUUCUGCUAUGAAUAGAACUCAUUGGUGAAGAAACCAUGGAUACCGUCAGUGAGUCUAACAAAUAUGAGACUGCUGCAAUAUUUAAGACUUUUGCUUUGUUGACUUGCUUGUUUGAAACACUGCCAUCUACAGUUUUGCAGAUGACCGCACAGAAAUCACAAAGACACGUUUGAAGUUGACUUUGUUAAUUGUUCGUCCUCUGGACUUUACAUUAAGUGACAUUUGAAGCAACUGUGUUGUCUUUUCAUUUCUUUAUAUUUGUUUUAAUAAAGUAACAACGGCUCUCAGUUGCAUUUUCAGCAGUGAUUCACUUUGUCAUAAAAUCUUACAUUUUCCCCGACUUGGCUCAGUUAAAUGUUAGUGAUUUUAAAACACCACUAGAGUUAUAAAAGGAAAAAAGAAUACAUAUGCAUUAGUUAUUACAGUGUGUAAUAAUGAAUAAAAGUGAGUGGAUACUUGUGCAGUCAAUUCAGUGUUAAGAUUUAUAUUGAAUUUACAUGAUCAUGUUGUAAAGGUUUGUUUUCACUGACUUUACAGAGUCUACUUUUAAAAGUAGACUCUGGGAAAGGGAUUAAAAUUGCUGCAAUAAGCUUGUUUCAUAUAUAUAUAGGCAUCCCACUGUAUUUGCUUUUCUUAAUAUAUUUGUUAUAAUAAAGUAACGACUCUUGGUUUUA